CAUAUCGACUAGAACUUCCCGAAACCUUACGUAUUCACCCAGUCUUCCACAUAUCCUUACUGAAACCAUAUCAUUCUAACGAAUUCAAAAACAAAGAAAUUACUGAACCAAUCCAAAAUAUUGCAAAUAAAACUCCGCAAGAAUACGAAGUCGAAGCUAUACUGGACAAAAGAACAUACUACCGCUGUUUACAGUACUUGGUGAAAUGGAAAGGGUACCCGUUGUAUGAUGCGACCUGGGAACCUCUAAAUAAACUCGAUAAUUAUAGAGAUCUAGUAAAAGAAUUCGAAAAAAAUGGUGAAACUGUUUUAAAUGGGGGAGAGU